AUGAAGCCAGCGCGAGGCCAACAGCGGCCAGGUGCGGGUAAUAAGAAUGGAAAUCGGAGUGCGCUUUCCACGUCAGUCCUAGCGCAGCUUACAGAUGAGCUAAACCGCUAUAACCCCUUCAUCAGGAUCUACAAAACCGCCCGGGAGCAGCUCAUAGAGGCCGCUCAGCACCAGACCCCUAUGGAUGUGAUACUAUCCCCAGAUCUGCGUAUCAUUCUGCAGGGAAAAGUCGAUCCACGCACGCAUAACUUGCCUGCCCGGACUGAGGUAGCGGCGUUUAUUCCAAAUGCUCCGCCAGACUUCGGUCACCGCACGUACCGGGAUAUGGUUUUGACCUUACGGGCCCCAGGUACGAAUCGUAGCGCACUUCGCAGGGUGGAUCCUAGCCAUGCGGCGUAUCUGCCUCUGCAUUAUGUGUUGCUUUUCCCUCAUGGGGAUACCGGAUGGUGCUGGGGCCUCCGUUUGACGUUCCGUGACCAGGAAAAUGCCGCCCAGGAUGAAGUAGACGACUUGGGACCUGACGAUGACGAAGUUGUUCCACCAGCUAUCCUACAUAACAUGCUGGAUAUGAAUGCCGACCCGGAGGAUAACACUAUGGCUUCUAGCUCGGACUGCAUCACAGCCCGUCAGUAUCAUGCUUUUCGUGUAUUUACUCGGUCUGCUGACUUCAAUCCAAUCCACCACGCCUGUCGCCUUGGCCAUCAGUACUGGGUCGAUGCGUAUGCUACUAUCGAGCAAUCCCGGCUCCGUUGGUUCAGUGGCCAUCAAGAGGAUAUCCGGGCAGAUACCUAUCAAGGUCUUACAGAUCACCUAGCAGGAGCCGUUAUUGAUGCUGCUACUGAGGGCACAGACACUAUGGCAACUCUUCCGGUCGGUCAGCGCGUGAUAUUACCCUCAUCGCAUAUAGGCAGUCCACGCUUUAUGCAAAAGAUCUAUCAAGAUGCAAUUGCAUUGAUCCGUAACUUUGGGCCCCCAACACUAUUUAUUACUAUGACGGCCAAUCCAACUUGGGAUGAGGUUAUACGGGAGCUAUUCCCUGGCCAAACUGCUAUGGAUCGUCCGGAUUUGGUCAGCCGUGUCUUUGAUCUGAAGAAAAAAGACCUUCUUCUGCAGCUCUGUAGAAAGGGUAUUUUUGGUCCUUCCACUGGCCGGUUUUGGACGAUUGAAUAUCAAAAGCGUUCCCUUCCCCACUGCCAUAUAUUGCUCUUCUUGGAAAACAGCGGCCAGUUCUACAACUCGGCGAUGAUAGAUGAGGUGGUCUGUGCCGAGCUACCUGAUCCGGCGAUAGAUCCAGAGCUCUAUAAGAUUGUCCGUGGCUGUAUGGUCCAUAUAUGUGGCGAGGGCUUGCAGGGCCCCUGUACUUCAAGUGACACUACAACAGGCAAAAGUACCUGUAAGAAGCGAUUCCCGAAGCCAUUCACCUCCGAGACAAUCCCGAACGAGCAUGGAUACCCCCAGUAUCGCCGCCGUGACCUCCCUGAUAUGGCAUUUACGAACCAUGUCAAGGGCCGUGAGCUUAUUAUAGAUAAUAGCCGAGUGGUGCCAUAUAACCCGUAUCUCACGGUCCGCUAUAACUGCCAUAUCAACGUUGAGCUCUGUCGCGGUGUCGAGGUCGUUAAGUACAUUACUAAAUACGCGUACAAAGGUCCAGACCAGGCUACAGUCCAACUCACCCUCACCGAUGAGAUCACGGAAUAUCUCGAGGGCCGCUAUAUCGGACCGUCAGAGGCUAUCUGGCGGCUGCUUGGAUACCGAGUCCAUGAGGAAUUCCCGCCUGUGCUAGCGCUUCCAGUUCAUCUCCCGGGUCAACAGCCUGUCCGCUUUCCGACUGGCGCUGAUGCUAAUGAAAUUCGUUACCGGAUGGAUAACACGCGCAGUCCACUGAUGGCUUACUUUGAUUACAAUACUGUUGCCCGCCGGGAAGGGCGGCAGACUUAUCUAUAUCAGGAUAUGCUGCGGCACUGUGUCUGGAACCGGUCCCGGGGAGCUUGGCAACCACGAAAAAAUGGUACUGUUAUUGGUCGCAUAUACCAUGUGAGUCCCCGCGACGGUGAGCGCUUCCAUCUGCGACUGCUAUUAACGAUCCGGCAUGAUGCUGUAAGUUUUGACGACCUAAAAACCGUAGGCCCUGGCCCCCCGGUUCGAACAUUCCGGGACGCCUGUAAGAAACUUGGACUGCUAGAGGAUGACAACCACUGGCGGGCCGCAUUCACGGAGGCAGUGACUUUCGCAUCUGGCAAGUCCCUACGGAAUGAGUUCUGUGUGGCUGUCGUGCAUGGCGGUGUCACGGACCCGCUGGCGCUCUGGGAUGAGUUCCAAGUGCAUCUGUGCGACGACCUCCCGCGUCAGUUACAGUUACACGCAGACGCUAACAGAGAACUACCUGCCACUUCUAGCAGAGAACAGUAUCUAGACUUUGGUCUGUUUCUGAUUGGCCAACUGCUAGCAGCGCAGGGUAAGACGCUAGCGGAUUAUUAUAUGCCAUCACCGGACGCUGAUUGGUCUGCCUUCCAGCCAUCAUCCCGUGAGGGUCUGCAUAAUAUGCCUUUAAAUCGGCUAAUCACCGCGGCCGCUGAGUUACGGGAUCAACUCAAUGAUGGCCAACAGAUUAUCUUCUCCGCUGUGGUAUCCGCUGUGAUUGAUAGUCGGCCUGCUGCAUGGUAUCUACAGGGCCCUGCCGGUACUGGCAAAACAUUUCUCUACCGGGCGAUCUAUGCUGAGCUGCGGUGUUUAGGCUUCGACGUGGCCCGUAUCGCGUCAUCUGGCAUCGCAGCGACGCUACUACCAGAUGGGAGCACAGCGCACAGUUAUUUUGGCAUCCCGCUCGAGCUACAUGAGGACUCGAUCUCGAGUUUACGGCCAAGGACUGCAAAAUUCCGCCGCCUGCGGACAGCGGCCCUGAUCAUCUGGGAUGAGGUCCCGAUGCAGGACCGGUAUGCAGUGGAAUUGGUGAAUCGUCUCCUACAGGAUGCCCGUGAUAACCACUGUCUAUUUGGUGGUCUACCAGUCUUGAUGGGUGGUGAUUUUGCACAGACCUUGCCAAUAGUGGUUCCGUAUAGCCGAACUAGGACGGUAGCUGCGUGCUUACAACGUUCGUCAAUCUGGCCACGAUUAACGGUUCUACAGCUACAUCACAAUAUGCGUCUCUCGCCAACCGGCGUCAAUGCAGACUACGGACAAUAUCUAUCCACAAUGUCCUAUCGGGAGGAAUUACAGGGCUCUAUCACCCUGCCCCAGUAUAUCCCCCGAUCUGAUACAGUAGAGGAGCUCUGUGAUACUAUCUAUCCCGCUACAGCGUUGUCGGCAACCACCGGAGACCUGGAGUUCUUUGCUAAGCGGUCCAUUAUCACCAUCCGUAACAACGCGGUUACAGUGUUCAACGACCAGCUAAUUAACCGCAUGCCCGGCGAUUCGAGUGUUUAG